GUGGUUUAAUUGUCAACAAGCGUGAUCUUAUUCACCAUGAAAGUGAAGUCUGUGAAUUCCGAAAGUUGAAGUGUCACUCGUGCGGAGAAAUGACGAAAACUUUGGCAGAUAUGGAGGAAAGAAUCGCGAAUAUCGAGAAGAAUAUCGAGAAGUUUAAUACAACAGUUGAAAUUAAAAUAACAAAUUUAGACAGAAAAAUAGACAAAAACACGGCAGAUAUAAAAGCAGAUAUAGAAGGAAAACACGAAGCGGUUAACAACAAAGUCGAUGGAUUGAAAACAGCUUUGGUCAGAGCUUUUGAUGAAAUUAAGGACGUUCUUAUCACGAUGGAGGGCAAGAUAGAAGAAAACACAAGAAAAGUAAGAAAUAGACCAAGUGGUGAUAAGGAAAAUAUAAUCGUUGCUGGAGGUGAUUGGACUAACUCUGUAGAGAUGUUUAACUGGCGUCAAAGAACAUGGUCGCCAUUACAAUCAAUGCCAGAGAAUCGUUGGGCAGCAACUUCAUUUAUUUAUAACAAUCAUAUGACUAUAGCUGGGGGUGAAUGUCGUUGGUCUGGCAUUGUUGAUGAUAUGAUUAGAAUGAAUAUUGACCCAAACCCUGAUCUCUCAACACACUGGAGUGACUGUCCUGUUAAACUACCUGAUAAGUUGAAAUACCACAGCAGUGUGCUGUAUAAUGAUCAGUUGAUAGUCUCUGGAGGUUAUAAAGGAAAUGGUUCAUCUGAUUUGAUCAGAUCACUCCAGCUUGUUCCUCCCUAUACUGUGAUGACCUUAUCAAGAAUGCCAGAACGAAGACAAAAUCACAGCAUGGAAAUAUUUGAUGAUCAUUUGUUGAUGGUUGGUGGAAGUACAACUGGCUAUAACAAAGACAACCUCAGCAGUGUUGUACUGUACGAUAUAAAGAAGAAUGAGCUGAAACAGUUGUCACCACUGCCGUAUGAAGUGAGUGCUAUGGCAACUGUGAGAUGGGGAGACAACAUUGUUGUUAUUGGUGGCAUUGACAAACAUGGCAAGUUAUUAGAUAAAGUUAUCAUUUACAAUGUCAAGACAAAACAAAGUCACAUGCUGCCAUCAAUGAGAUGUAAGAGGAGGGGAUGUACUGCAGUUUUUAUUGAAAACAACAUUGUAGUCCUGGGAGGGGAGAGUGAGCAAGCACUGCUAACGUCAGUUGAAGGUUUCAACUUUGAAAGGUAUUCUUGGGAAGAACUUCCAGAAAUGUCUGAAGCAAGAUACUUGCACACUGCUGUUGUUGCGUGAACAAUAUGUAAGGUAUUAAGUGAAAACUCCUAACACAUUAUGAACAAUUAAAAUUAAC